UGGCGGCGGCGCGGCCCGUCAGGCUGGCGGGGUCAGGCGGCCAUGGAGCACAUCAGCACCCCAAAGGUCGAGAACGUGAAAUUGCUGGAUCGCUACGCGAACAGGAAGGUGGCCAAUGGGACAUUGUACCUGACAGCCACACACCUGAUCUACGUGGAGGCUUCUGCUGAAGUCAGGAAGGAAACAUGGAUCCUGCAUCACCACAUUGCAAGUGUGGAGAAGCUGCCCCUGACCACAGCUGGGUACCCCCUGCUUAUCCACUGCAAGAACUUCCACGUGGCUCACUUUGUCCUGGGGCAGGAGCGGGACUGCCACGAUGUGUUCACCUCCCUGCUCAAGCUCUCACAGCCAGUGAAACCUGAAGAACUUUAUGCUUUCUCUUACAAUCCUAAAAUGUCUAAAGAGAACCGGGAAAUUGGGUGGAAACUAAUUGAUUUAAAACUGGAUUACCAGCGCAUGGGAAUUCCAAACGACUACUGGGAAAUAACGGAUGUUAACAAGGACUACGAGGUUUGCAGCACAUACCCUCCAGAAAUCGUGGUGCCUCGAGCUGCCUCCAAGGCAGUGGUGAUGGGAAGUUCAAAGUUCAGAAGCCGAGGGCGGAUUCCGGUGCUUUCUUACUUGUAUAAGGAAAACAAUGCUGCCCUGUGCCGCUGCAGUCAGCCCCUGGCCGGGUUCAGCGCACGCUGCCUGGAGGACGAGCAGAUGCUCCAGGCCAUCCGAGAGGCCAACCCCGGGAGCCCCUUCAUGUGGCUUUAUUUCAUCUGUGCAUGUAUGUCUGUGAAAAGCUUUGGAAUUCUCUUACUAUUUCUAUCCCACCAUUUGAAUGCCAUGGCCAACCGAGCUGCUGGGAAGGGCUAUGAGAACGAGGACAACUAUGAGAACAUCCGCUUCAAAUUCAUUGGCAUAGAGAACAUUCAUGUGAUGAGGAGCAGCCUGCAGAAACUCCUGGAAGUGUGUGAAAUGAAAUCCCCCUCCAUGAGCGACUUCCUCACUGGGCUGGAGAACUCGGGUUGGUUACGGCACAUCAAGGCUGUCAUUGAUGCAGGUGUCUUCCUUGCCAAGGCUGUGAGGGAGGAGAAGGCCAGUGUCCUGGUGCACUGCUCCGACGGGUGGGAUCGCACAGCCCAGGUCUGCUCCCUGGCUGGGCUCCUCUUGGACCCCUUCUACAGGACCUUCAAAGGCUUCAUGGUUCUGAUAGAAAAGGAGUGGAUUGCAAUGGGCCACAAGUUCUCCCACAGGUGUGGCCACUUGGAUGGGGACCCCAAGGAGGUGUCCCCCGUGUUCACCCAGUUUGUGGAGUGUGUCUGGCAGCUCAUGCAGCAGUUCCCCUGCUCCUUUGAGUUCAAUGAGAGGUUCCUUCUGGAAAUCCAUGACCAUGUUUACUCCUGCCAGUUUGGCAACUUCCUUGGGACCUGCCACAAGGAGCGUGAAGAUCUCAAAAUCUUUGAGAAGACCCAUUCUCUGUGGCCUUUCCUCUUACAGAGGAAGCAGGAAUUGAGAAAUCCUUUGUACAGAGGGUUUACAGCUUACAAAGAACUUCAACCAAACACACUGCCUUUCAGUUUCCAGUUUUGGUGUGGGAUGUACAAUCGCUUUGACAAAGGGAUGCACCCAAAACAGUGUGUGUUGGAUCAUCUGCUGAGCUGCAUGAGCCAGAAGGUGCAGCUGGAGGACGAUGCAUCUGAACUGGAAAACAAACUUCCUUUCCUUGACGGUCCUUUGCCUGGUGAAGCUUCCUCCUUCCCCAGAGCAGGACAUGCUGCUCCCAAAGCCCCCGUGCCCAACACUCCUCAGAACUAUGGAGGGGCAGCACCCCCUGUGCUGAGCAACGGGACCUCCCCUGGGGCUGGGGGCUCAGCUGUGGACCAGAAGCACAAAGAGAACCUGUCUCACCACCACCAGGAUCUUGGUGCCUCCACGGAGGUGUCGGACGGGAAUGCUCAGCACCAGUGAGGAGCUCUGGGAAUGCUCAGCACCAGUGAGGAGCUCUGAACUGUUGGGUGAAGCAGGCUCUGAUGGGGUGACCCCACGGGGUGCAGACCCCCAUUUACAGCUGAGUGUGACUCCAGGCUGACUGCAAAGCUUCCUGAGGAGCAACCAGAGCUUCUGGCCUCUGAGAGGAGCUUAGUCCAACCUUUGUGGGUGAUCCAGGCUCCAGGUGAAGAGAUUUCCCUGGUGGCUUUUGAGUGAUGAAUCCACAGCCCCACUGCUGAGGGUGUAAUUUAAAAAUGCUCUUUUAUCCCAUUCUUUUUAGUCAUUAAUUCAAAAGUCAAGGUGAGUUGUUAUAUUUUCUGAGUGCUGGCAAACUCAGGUGAGGUGGGAGAAUGCUCAGGGAAGAGGGGGAUUCCAGGUGCAGAAAACUUGCCUUGUGUUUAUGAACGAGAUUGGAAUCAAUACUUUACUUAGAGCUGUGCAGCAACAGUCAAACCUACAAUUAAAUCUGCAGAGUGGUGAGACAUGAGGUGAAAGGAGUUGAUUUGAUGUUUUGAAGGCUUUCUCAAGCGCUUCAGGCUGCCAUUUGCAUUGGGAGAUGCAUGUGGAUGGUUUAAAUCUGCCUGGCAGAGCCGUGCAGGCUAUUUCAGUCAUCAGUCUGAAAAUAAGCAUUUGGAGGUUUUUAAUACUCGUGUGGGAGCUGAGUAACAACAAGGAGGGGACCUGCAGGAGAUGCUGGUCCUGAGCUCUCCAUCCUCACUUGGGGCAGGAUGAGCCUGUGAACCCCUGGAAUAGACCCAGACCUGUUACUGAGCCCCUGAUCAAUAUUUCCCACUGCACUGUGCACCUUAAAAAUGGGGAUUUUCUAGCUAUUAAGGCAAAAAAUUAGGCCUGGCUCUUGAGUAUACUCAGUCCCCAGGUGUUUCACAGCCUUUUUUUCCUUCUUGCUAAUUUUAAAUGUUCUUAAUGUUGCCAGUGAAAUCCUUCAUUUACCUUAAUUAGAUUUGCCUUACAUUUAAUUGGAUUAUUAGCAUUAACACUGACUACAAUUGAUAAAGCUGCAGUUUACGUUUGGGGGAAAUUCAGGCGAAAGGUGUGUUAAUUGUAGCUUCCCUUGCCUGCAAACAGCACGUAGAUUGGAGCGUUCUCCUGGAAACUGUAUUUUCCUGCUCUUUAGGGGAGUAGGGGGGUGGGGAUACAAAACCCAGUAGCCUUUGGAGUAACAACCCUGAGUAAGGGUUAUAGUAAAUGCUAACCCUUAGUAGGGGUUACUGAGUAAUAAAUGAGUUAGUCAGAGCAGGGCAAUGGGGUUGGGAAAAGUCAAAGCUGCUUUAUGAAUCUGAUCUUUUUUGCUCCCUCUCUCUCAACAAAGGACAGAUCUUGAAGCCUGCUCAGCCAUGGGAGAGAAGCAAGGAAUUCAGUGUGAAUGAGAAUCCAUGAAGACAUAUCCAUAAGCAAAAAUCCCCAUGGAUGGAUCUGCAGAUUGUCAGGUGCUGUUCCUGUUGAGGGAUUUCCACCUGGGAAUGUUCCAGGCCAGGCUGCAUAAACUUGGAGGAACCUGGUUUAGUGGAAGGUGUAACUGGAUGUUUUUAAGGUCCCUUCCAACCCAAACCAUCCUGGGAUUCCAGGCUCCAAAAGGGAGCUCCCAGAAGGCCAUGGAAGCAGGGAGCCCAACUCCUGUGGCUCCAAUGCUGCUGAAAUUCCUCAGGGAGGAGAAGAAACAGGUGCUGGAUUCCUCCUUCAUGUCUAACUGUGCAUUUUGGGUGUUAACGCACCAAGUAAAUUGGGAAUUGCCUACAA